UAUUUGCGCAUGAAUUUCAGUCACACGACAUGUUCUUAUUGACUGUCUAUGAUGAUGAUGUCAGAGUGAACACAUCUUCAGAAUGACAAAGUCCUUUGUUGCGAUGAUCGAUGACUGUUAUAUUUGAGCUUUUGAUAAGUAGAGGGCAACAUUGGGUCAUUUAACUCAUAUGCCCCACUUCAUCUGAACUCUAGUCUACAGUAUGUGUGAACUUUCACCCAGAUAUCUCUGUUAUUAGGUCAGCAAAGCAGGAAGUUGCUGCAAUAUGUCAGAUGCUGUCUGUAAUCAAAAAACAUGCUCUAGUCACAAGGUUAAGACGUGAAAAGAUUACUUUAAGCAAGAAAUCAUGAAUGUUUCCCACAGGCUCUUUUAAACGUUUUUAGAACUACCAGAAAAUUGUGCUUAACCGUUGACUGAUCUUUGUACACUGGUUUAUGUCAUUCAUAUCUUACAGCGAAAUCCCCUCAGUACAUGACCUUUGGACUGCAUUACUCGUCGCGACGUCAUCCAGUCUGUCACCAGAAUUCCUUCCUAUAAAAUCCGGAACAGUCGCUCAAUCCUCAUUAGAGCAACUGAGAGUCGACUCGUGAAUUUUGUUCAGACAGCACAACAGAUUAUUUUUGCUAAUUACAGUGACAUGGCUUCUGUGGACGUUGUGAAUAACCAGAAUGUGGUUGACCGAAUAGUUCACCUUCCUUUGGUUGUUUCCACCUAUGGCAUAGUGUCAAAUGUGUACUGCAACACCAAGAACAACCAUCCGUACUUGAAGUCUGUGUGUGAGGUGGCUGAGAAUGGUGUGAAAUCCAUAACCUCAGCUGCUUUUUACAGUGCUUUACCAAUCAUUGGCAAACUAGAGCCUCAGAUCUCAAUGGCUAAUGAUCUGGCAUGCAAAGGACUGGAUAAGAUAGAGAAGACUCUGCCGAUCCUACACAAGCCGUCUGAUCAGAUUGUCGCCAGUGCCAAAGAGGUAGUGACGGGAGCCAAGGAAGUUGUCAGCGGUACCAUGAGCGGUGCCAAAGAGUCCCUCAGUGAAGUGAUGGACCGAACACGUGGGGCAGUGCAGGACAGCAUGGAAAAGACCAAGACGGUGGUUAGCUGUGGAGUCCAAACGGUGAUGGAGAGCAGUGCGGUCAGACUGAUGAGCAGCAGAGUGGACACAGCACUGAGCACAUCUGAGACUCUGCUGGAGCAGUACUUACCUGAAACUGAGGAGGUACAAGAAUGUGAAGUGAAGAACACAGAAGGAUUUGAUAAUAACAGCGAAGCACCCAGUUACUACGUACGACUGGGGUCUCUCUCCAGCAAAGUCAGGGACAGGACUUACCAGAAAGCUGUAGAAAAGAUUGAAUAUACCCGGAAGAGUCUUGAUGUGUCUAACCUGAAGCUACAUGAGAAACUGAGUGCACUGAUGGGCUGGAAGACUGUGACUCAGAGUCAAGAAGAGAACGAGACAGUGACAGACAAUGAAGCUGAGGAAAUAGAAUCUCGUACACUGACCAUUGCCCACAACCUCGGCCAGCAACUUCAGACCACAUAUCUGGUCUUGGUGUCCAGCCUCAAAGGUCUCCCUCAGCACGUCCAGGUCCAGGUCACCUCUGUCACCCAGUCUGCCAUGGAGAUAUAUAGCAGCUUCAGAAAGACAGCCGCCAUAGAAGACAUGUCCAGUACAAUACUCGUCAUCAGUCGAUCUCAGCUGAGCAGAGUAGGAGAUUCUAUGGAUAAUGUCAUGGACUACCUGAUCAACAAUACACCUCUCAAUUGGCUGGUAGGUCCAUUUUACCCACGCGUGCAACGCAGCACUGCAAAUGGCCCCAAAAGUAACAAACAAAGGACCAUUCAGCCUGAAGUGGAGAUACAGUCAGUGAAUGAAGACAGAUGAAAUUUCAUAAUACUAACCAUUUGUUUAUAUCUUACAAAUAUACGUACAAUCACACAUUCCUCACAAUAAAAUCCAGUAAAAUAUUUUCUGUGAAAACAAUCAUAUUAAAUAAACAGCUUUUUACGGAAUAAUAUUUCAGAAGUAUCUAAACUUUACUAUUCUAAGCUUGAAUAUGUCUAAUCCAGAUAGGCAUAAAUAGUGCCUUUACACACUAUUUAAUCUGCUGUCUUUUUAUUGUUUUUGUACAUUUCUAAUAAAAAAUACAUUUACAAUAUUUAUUUUUGUGGUGUAUGUUGUUUUGAGGAUGGAAAUUUCACCUCAACAGUGGUAUUUUUAUGUAUACAUUUUUCACUAGGACAAUGCAGUGUCUUUUUGUCUGAAAAAAAAAAUGUUUUUAGAUAAAUGAGAUAAAAAUGUCAUAAUAGGUACACUAAGCAUCUUUAAUAUAGCAAGGGUGAAGUCAUAUACAGUGCUAUGAUUUAGAUGUCAGCCAUUUUAAUAGAUUAAAAUAAAUAAAGUUACUUAUUUUACAGUUUCAUUUAAAGCCAGCACAUCAGAUUGUCUUAAAGGGAUAUUUCACUAAAAAAAAAUGACAAUUCUGUCAUCAUUUACUCACCCUCAAGUUGUUCCAAACCUGUUUGAGUUUCUUUCUUCUGUUGAACGCAAAAGAAGAUAUUUUGAAGAAUGUGGGUAACUAAAAAACUGCUGGUCCCCAUUGACUUCCAUAAUAUGAAAAAAGUACCAGAAACUAUUUGGUUACUAACACUCUUUAAAAUAUCUUCUUCUGUGUUCAACAGAAGAAAAAAAACUCAUACAGGUUUGGAACAACUUGAGGGUGAGUAAAUGAUGACAGAAUUGUCAUUUUUCAGUGAAAUAUCCCUUUAAGUUUUUAAGGCUAUUGUCUUCCUGAAUCUUAAUUUUCAGGUACCUCUCAUGCUAUGAAAUGGUGGAACAAUAAAAGUGUAAAGGCUUUUGUACGUUUCUUUGCAAGUAUAUGUAACCAAUCAUACAACAAAUGUCUUGCUAUUAGUUAAAAAAAAGGUGUCAUUAUUAGAGUGUGAUAUGACCUGGCAUGCUAUGAAACAGGUGUUUCCCAAAACCAUAUUUCCAACGAACAUUCGCGAACAGCAUCACAAGGUUGUGUGGUUGUAACGACAGCUCUCCACCUGUGGUUAAGCAUAGUUUUUUGUUUGCAUAACAUGUGGACUUAAUAAAUAUCUUGAGCAAACUAAGCAAGCUGACAUUCAGUACAGUCUUUUAUUUUGAAUAUAUGUAAAUGUCAUUUAUGUCUUUUAGGUUGUCAAGAGAUUGAAAACAGCAUUUUUGAAGAGUGCGCAAUUUUUGACAAUACAGUUUCGGGAAACGGUCAUGACUAGCUAGUUGAUUUCUUCAACAAUGCAUCAUACUAUGGCAAAAUUACGUCUUUGUACAGGAAACGCACGCCUGCUAAGCUAAAAACAACUGCUUAUAUAUUUGCAUAGUCCCUAUUAUUCUACAAAAAAAUAUGCAAACUCAGGUCCUGUGGCCCUUUCUCACACAAUACUCACAAAUGACAGUACAAUCCAAGAUUCUCACACAAAUACUUCCCUUUGAUUUCAGAGCCAUUCUAACUGAUAAAUAUAAAAAUAUACAAAUAUUAUAAACACUAUGCUAGUGUAAACUGAAAAAAAAAAAAGAAAUCUUGAAAUUCACCUUAAAUGCUGCUUAGUUCUGCAGUAUAUAGAUGUAGUAACCAAAAUAUCUUUAUUUCUUGAGCUUCUUGUAUAUUUUAAAUAUUGUUACAUUUAUUAUAUAUUAAUUCUCUCAUUAUUUAUUUAACAAUUCAGUUUACAGUAAAAACACCACUACAAAAGUAUCCGCACAUUACUUCAUACUUACAGUGAGCUUACAAUAAGGUUCCAUUUGUUAACAUUAAUUAACUACAUCAGUUAACAUGAACUAACAGUGAAAAAUAUGUAUAAAGCAUUUAUUAAUCUUGGUAAUAUUAAUUUUAACAUUUACUAAUACAUUAUUAAAAUCAAAAGUUGUAUAUGUUAAUUUUAUUUAAUGGACCUAAUAUGAACUAAGAAUGAAAUUGUAUUUUAAUUCAUUAAUGUUAAGAAAUUUGAUGUAAGUAGUUAGUUGAUGUUAGUUAACUAAUGGGACCUUACUAUAAUGUGCUACUGUUAAAAUGAAAAAAAAAAAAAACAACAACAAAAAAAAACAA